AUGAAAGAAGAAGAAAAGAAAUCUACAGCCUUCAUCAUCAUCAACAGCAGCAGCAUAAGAAUGGCAUCAAAAGACCCACUAGUUAGGCCAGUACAUUGUUCCUUAUCGUCCUGUGUGACAAAUGAUAGUACAGAUUCAUUCAGUGUGUCAACCCCAUUGGAUGCCUCUCCAACAGCUCCCCAUUCGUCACCAUUUUCGAUUAUUACGGUUGUCUCAACCGAUGAAUUCUCCUCUAGCCCAUACAUCCCUUCUAUCGUGGCCGGUGUGUCACGACAUAGGCGGAAUACCAACGACAACAGGUCGACUCAGACCGUUGAUCCCAUCAAUCCAUCCACAACUCUAACAACACAGUCUCAUUCUAAUCAAGAUGCCUUAAUGAUUCCCAAUCCAGAGUUUGAAUACGCCAAUAAUGCCUCGACAUCUCUUUCUCCUUUUCCUUCUUCCUCACGCCCAAUUCCUACUACUCAAGACAAUCCAAUGUGGACACGUAUAAAAAAUCGAAUUAUCAAGAAAACGAGAAAAUCAGAACCUCACUAUGUGACAGGUAGUGUGACUGAUACAUAUUCCAAGAGCGAGUGUGAAGAUCAAAUGAUGGAGCCAGUAUCGAAUCAACCCACACAGUCAUUGAAUUCAGAAAGUAAUAGCUGUGGUAAUCGCAGUGGUAGUGGUAAAUGUAGUGAUAGUCGAAGUGUCAGUGGUAGAUGUGGUGGCAGUGGUUGUGGCAGUAAUAAUAGCAAUAGUAGUAGUAACCCAAAAAGGCAGAGGUUGUCUAUUUCUUGGCUUAAUAAUAUAAAGACUCACUUGUAG